GUGUAAAUGUUGAGAUUAUUCAGUGGACUUUAAACAUAAGUAAUUAAAUUCUGCCUUAUCAUUGAGCAAAUACAGUCUUCCUGUUGUGAAGAACAGUUAAAAGGGUUAAACUUGAGCUGACAGAUUGUUACGGUUUAUAAAUUGUCAAAAUUUAUGUUUAAUAUUUUUGCUAAAUAUAUAAAAAUGCCACAGCAAUUGCGUUAUGACGGCCGAGUAGUUGCGGUAACGGGAGCAGGCGCAGGAUUAGGACGAGUUUAUGCAUUGUUGUUUGCAUCUAGAGGGGCUAAUGUGGUCGUAAAUGAUUUAGGAGGCAGUAGACAUGGAGAUGGAAGCAGCACCAAGAGUGCUGACACCGUGGUCCAAGAAAUUCGGCGAAAUGGAGGAAAAGCUGUUGCGAAUUAUGAUUCAGUGUUGGACGGGGAGAAAAUUAUUAAAACGGCAAUUGAUGCAUUCGGUCGUAUUGACGUUAUUGUUAAUAAUGCCGGUAUUCUAAGAGAUGUAUCAUUCAUGAAAAUGUCUGAUGCGCAAUGGGACACGAUACACGACGUUCAUCUUAAAGGUUCUAUGAAAACAACUCGAGCAGCUUGGCCGCAUUUUAUUAAGCAAAAGUACGGCCGUGUAAUUUUUACUUCUAGUAACAGCGGUCUGUAUGGAAAUUUCGGACAAUCCAAUUACAGCUCGGCAAAACUAGGUCUUGUGGGAUUAGCGAAUACAUUGGCCAUUGAAGGUGCAACAAAAAAUAUUUACACCAAUGUGAUAGUGCCCACAGCUGGCUCGCGUUUAACGGAAGAUAUUCUUCCACCAGAUUUCUUCGAUCAAUUAAAGCCUGAAUUAAUAGCACCCGUUGUUUUUUGGUUGUGUCACGAAAAGUGUAAUGAAAACGGUUCAAUAAUCGAAGCGGCAUUAGGCUGGGCUGGCAAGUGUCACUUGGUUCGCUCUUCGGGUUCUGUUCUGCGGCAAAGCUUAUCAGACGAUGUUACGCCAGAAAACGUACAACAAAAUUGGUCAAAAGUAACCGACAUGACUUCGACAAAGCGACUCAAUAAUAUUCAGGAAGCAACAGGAGAACUGUUAAGUGUUAUUGAAACCUUAAAAGAUGAUGUUUCUUCAGAAAAAGGAAUCUAUGUUAUCGGUAAUAAUUAUGGUAAUCGUGACAUUAUAUUGUACGCGCUUGGAGUCGGAGCCACAGUUCAAGAACCAAGCGAUAUCCGUUACUUGUAUGAAAAUGCUGACGAAUUCGCUGUUGUACCUACUUUCUAUGCUUUGUAUGGACCUGAAGGAUGCAUGAAUACUUCCAUAGUGCAGGAUGCUCUGCCAAAUGCACAAUUCGAUCCAACAAGGUCACUCCAUGGUGAGCAAUAUCUAGAAGUUUUUAAAAAACUUCCUACAGAAGCAACAGUAGAGACUCGCUUCGAAGUUCAAGAUGUUUUGGAUAAGGGAUCAGGCGCUGUUGUCUUAGUUAAACAUGAGACUUAUGAUGUAACAAAUGAAGAGAAGCUGUCGACUGGACAAUUAUCUGUAUUCGUUGUUGGCGCAGGUGGUUUUCAAGGAAAACGAACAUCGCAACAUGUCAUUCCAACUAUUGAUCCUCCCUCUCGCAAUCCAGAUGCAACAAUUACACAACAGACUAGCUUUGAUCAAGCUGCUUUAUAUAGAUUGAACGGAGAUUUCAAUCCUUUGCAUAUUGAUUCGAAUAUUGCUGCCAUGGCAGGAUAUGAAAGACCAAUAUUGCAUGGGUUAUGUUCUUUGGGAUUUUCUACCCGCCACGUUCUUCAGACUUACGCUGCUGGAGAUCCAUAUUUAUUCAAAUCCAUUAAGGCGAGAUUUGCAAAGCCAGUCUUGCCGGGACAAACGUUGCGUACUGAUAUGUGGCGUGACGGUAACAGGAUACAUUUCCAGACGUCUCUCGUCGAGUCCGGCGUACCAGUUGUAACAGGCGCUUACAUUGACCUGUUGGACGUUAAAAUGGAAAUACCACGCGCGAAUCCGUGUUCCGGAACGGAAGACGUACAGAGUGACGCUAUAUUUACAGCCAUUGCCGAACAAGUGAAAUUAAAUCCGGAUCAAGCUAAGAAAGUUAACGCAGUCUUCCUUUACAACAUUACCGUGAAUGGAAAGCCGACGUCUGAAUGGACUCUCGACUUGAAGAACGCUGAAGUGCACAAAGGAAAACCUAAAUCUGGAAAAGCAGACGCGACGCUCACUUUGGAUGAUAAUGAUAUGGUUGAAAUUGCACUGGGGAAAUUAAAUCCACAAGUGGCAUUUAUGCGUGGAAAAUUGAAAAUAAGCGGAAAUAUCCUGCUGACACAAAAAUUAAAAACUCUUAUGGAAACUAACAAAGCGAAGCUAUGAUUCUUUUACAUUCUUAUCAUAACUUGAAACGCUUAACCUAGCUGAAGGUAUUCGUUAUGGGCUGGGAACAUGUAUACAAAUAGAUGUGUGUGUGCGCGCGCGUGUGUAUAUAUAUAUGUAUAUAUAUAUACAC